GCUCCUCCUUGGCAGGCUCUGGUCCACCAGCCCCGGGGCCGCGGUGCUGCGGAGCGUGGGUGCCGGUGGGGCUCCGGGAUGCACCUCCCAGGGGAAGCCACCUGCUCUGGCUCGGCCCAGCUGGGGAGGAGCGCCCAGUCCUGCUGCGGCCCUGCGCUGGGAUAGCAGCAUCCAGCCCCAGCAGCUCCGUGGGGAGAGGCCGCGGUGCCAGGAGGUGUGAGCUGAGCGGGGAUGGCGUCCUGCAGAGUGCCACCGGCUGCGGGGCCUGGGCUGAGCAGGAUGGGCGACAGCCAGGCCAAAGGCAUGUCCGAGGCGGUGAACGGCUCCCUGACCACGCACGUGCUGAACACGGCCACGGGGCUGCCGGCAGCCGGCCUUGCCCUCAGCCUGUCCCUGCUGCAGGAGCCGGGGCCGCAGUGGAUGGAGCUGCUGCAGAGGUGCACGGAUGAGGAUGGCCGCUGCCAGUCCCUCCUGGCUCCAGGGCAGGCCAAGGCUGGCACCUACAAGCUGCACUUUGAGACAGCAGCAUACUGGCAGCGCCUGGGGCACGAGAGCUUCUACCCCUUUGUGGAGGUUGUCUUCACCAUCACAGACCCGGCCAAGAAGCUGCACAUCCCACUGCUGAUCAGUCCCUACUCCUACACAACGUACCGGGGCAGCUAGGGGACAGGCACGGCCUUCCUCCCUCAGGGACACAGCUCACUGGGGGAGAAUUAUGCCACCAACACCAUUAAAGGCUUCAAACAGCA